GAAGCCGUUAAUGCCUUACUCGAUUUUGAUAGUGGCAUUCCGUUCGCGGGAAUUAGAUAUGGCUUCGAUGACUUGGUAGAGUCGGCGUACAUGUGCAUCGAGGAUAACAUCCAGGUUGCGCACGAGUACAAUGCAGGAAUUGUCGCAAAUAUUGGUCAGGGAGCCAUGGGCCCGGGAAUCGUGACGCACCCUCCCGUCGAGUUUGAGGAUGUACCUGCUUCUCUAAUUAACGCCAAGGGCGGCUGGCAGAGAGCGCAGUACGGCAAGAAAGAUCGAGACUGCAGCGUGACAUACUAUUGCCGCUAUGGAACAGGGUUUGAUGAGGUGUGCGACAAUCAGCGCUGGGGGGUGGACAAGGUAAUGUCGGGACAGACGGUGUAUCACUACCAGAGAAGGCCGGGUAAGACCUUCAAGGACAGAUGGAAGGAAUUUCGAGCCGAUGAGUACAAAUCUCUGGUUGUUUCUAGUGUUGGUAGCGGGCGACUUAGUUGUGAAGUGGACGAAUUCCCUCUAGGAUCUCUUUUUGAAAACAAAGUGCAGGCUCUUCGAUGGAUGAACGGUCCUGCCAAUGGAGCGCAAGGCUGGAGAUUGGGAUAAUUGGUUGAGUAUGACCUUUAGACCCUGUUCCUCGCUUCGAAAGGUGCGGAAAAUCGUUCCGAACGAGCCUUCCAUUGCCUGGGCUUUUGGGAGUCUCAGCGAUGGCGAUCCUCGAGCUACGGCCCCUAUCGAUGGAAAGCACUUCAUCUAAAAUUACGGCUUUGACUCGCAGACUCCGGGCAGCCUAUGUUAUCGUACGUUUU